AAUGACUCAAUCUUUUGUUCCUGCUCAUACGUCCAAAACUGUAAUGACAAAAACACCAGUGGGUAAGAAUCCUAAGCAGCAGUCCGUGGAAUCUGGGUCCUCGGCUUCCUCUAACCCAUUCGAUUCAAACUCUGAUUCUGAUAUACAUCAAACCUCUAAACCUGGGAGAGCAUCUUCUGCCCCUAUAACCAGCAAAGCGAAUUCCAAAACCACCCCUUCUACUUACACUAAUGAUGAAGAAAGUGGAGGAGCCUCUUCUGCUUCAGUUUCUUUGGCUGCAAAAAACCGAUACAAGAAUGGUUUCCUUGACUCCGGUGGAUCAGAGAACCAGACAGUGCAAGAACUGGAGAACUAUGCAGUGUACAAGGCCGAAGAGACUACAAAGGCUGUCAAUGGCUGCCUGAAGAUAGCUGAGGAGAUUAGAGAAGACGCUACAAAUACUCUGAUAACCUUGCAUCAAAAGGGAGAGCAAAUCACUAGGACCCAUAUGACUGCUGCCAACAUUGAUCAUGAUCUCAACAUUAUAUGAGAAAUUGAAGGUGCACUCCAUGUG